AAUGUUAAUGUGAAUGUUAUUUUUGUCGAUUUUUGACAUUUGGAGACAGUUUUCGAUGGAUGGCGUCGGUUGCCGUGUAGUAAGAGGUCCCGACUGGAAAUGGGGAAAGCAGGAUGGUGGUGAAGGUCAUUUGGGCACCGUAAGAAGUUUUGAGAGUGCCGAUGAAGUUGUUUGUGUGUGGGAUAAUGGCACUGCUGCCAACUAUCGUUGCUCUGGUUUUUACGAUUUGAGAAUCUUGGAUUCAAGUCCGACAGGUGUGAAACAUGAUGCAAUCAUGUGUGAUGGAUGCCGUCAACACUCAAUAUUUGGGAUUCGUUGGAAAUGUGCUGAAUGUACUAAUUACGACUUGUGUUCACUUUGUUACCAUGGUGACAAACAUUCACCAAGACACAGAUUUUAUAGAAUUGCAAAUCCAUCAAGUGAGAGAGUUUUAAUUGAAUCAAGGAGGAAAAGCAAAAAAAUUUCAGCUCGUGGAUUAUUUCCAGGUGCUAGGGUUGUCAGAGGACUUGAUUGGCAAUGGGAGGAACAAGACGGUGGUACAAGUCGACGUGGUAAAGUGACGGAGAUUCAAGAUUGGAGUUCCCUUUAUCCAAGAAGUGCGGCUUAUGUUCUGUGGGAUAAUGGAUUAAAGAACUUGUAUCGUGUGGCCUUUGAAGGCAUGUGUGAUCUGAAGGUUUUAAGUGAUGCAAAAGGAGGCUCGUAUUAUCGCGAUCAUCUACCAUGCUUAGGUGAGAGUGGGAGCGGUUCUGAUAACUUAGACACUUCAAGCGAAUUUCAAGUUGGCGAUUCGGUCACUGUUGAUCUGGAGUUGGAGAUUAUCCAAUCCUUACAAAAUGGCCAUGGUGGCUGGACGGAUGGGAUGUUAGAGACAUUGAAUACAACUGGAACUAUCGUUGGGAUUGAUGAAGAUCAUGAUAUUGUUGUGUCAUACUCUAGCGGUAACAGGUGGACCUUUAAUCCAGCCGUCUUGACGAAAGUGAAUGCUUCACAAAGAGAAGAGACUGCGACUGGAAUAUCCUCUACAACUAUCACCUCACCAUCUAUCACCACUUCACCUGAAUCACAAUUUAGUAUGGGUGAUCUGGUGCAGAUAUAUAAUGAUGCAGACCGAGUUAGGGAGCUACAGCAGGGUCAUGGAGAGUGGACUGAGGUGAUGGAAGCGACUUUGGGUAAAAUUGGUCGUAUACAGCAAGUCUAUCCAGACGGCGAUUUAAAGAUUGACAUCAGUGGGACGUCAUGGUCAUACAAUCCUUCAGCUGUCAUCAAGGUGGUUUCGUCAGAUAAUUCUCAAUUGUUGGGCUCUUCUGGAGAGCGUCUUGGUGCUUUGUUAAAGAAGUUGUUUGAAAGUCACGUGUCCGGAGAUCCUAUUGAAGAAUUGGUUAAAGCAUCCGCCAGUGGUGAUAUUGCUAAAGUUGAAGAUGUCUUGACGCGAGAUACAGAUGUGAACGGUUUGUUUUCUUGUCAUACGGCUCUAAAGGUGAACGGUUUGUUUUCUGGUCAUACGGCUCUACAAGCUGCCAGUCAGUAUGGACAUCUAGAUAUUGUUAAACUCUUGAUCAGCAGGAAUGCAAAUCUUGAAGUUGAGGACAAAGAUGGCGACCGUGCGAUGCAUCAUGCUGCAUUUGGUGACGAAGCCGAUGUUGUAAGAGAAUUAGGAAGAUCGGGCGCCGACCUAAACGCGCGAAACAAAAGACGUCAAACUCCGCUUCAUGUAGCCGUCAAUAAAAGUCACGUGCUGGUUGUCAAGACGAUGUUAGAUCUUAAAUGUCACUCCAGUUUACAGGAUGUGGAUGGCGACACCCCCCUGCACGAUGCUAUCGCUAAGAAACGUGAUGAUAUUGUUACUCUCCUACUGGAAGGGGGUGCGGACAUGACUUUGUCCAAUAACAAUGGUUUCAACUCUCUUCAACACGCUGCAUUACGUGGAAACCCAAGUGCAAUGAAAAUAUUAUUAAGUAAACUGCCCGGAGCGUGGAUCAUUGAUGAAAAAAAGGAUGACGGAUACUCUGCUCUACAUUUGGCUGCAUUAAAUAAUCAUGUUGAAGUAGCGGAACUUCUUAUCAAACAGGGCAAAGCCGAUAUAAAUAUUCAAAAUAUCAACCUUCAAACUCCGCUUCAUCUUGCUGUGGAAAGACAACACACUCAAAUAGUGAGACUUCUCGUUCGUGAGAAAGCGAGGCUAGAUGUUCCAGACAGAGAUGGUGACACAGCCUUACAUGAAGCAUUAAGAUAUCAUACUCUCUCGCAACUAAGAUUGCUUCAAGAUCAGCCAGAUGUCGGGAAGCUGUUGAUGGGUCUUGGAAGCCACGGUGGUGGUAAGAGAAGUAGCGCCUCGAUAUCUAUGUUUCUUGCCGCAAAUGGCGCCGAUUUAAACUUCAAGAAUAAGAAAGGACAAAGUCCGCUUGAUCUUUGCCCGGAUCCGAACCUCUGUCGAGCGUUGACGAACUGUAAUCGACAAAAAAAUGAGGUUCAAGUACCAAAUAACCAACUAUCUGCCGGUAAUGCGCCUGCGCAGAAAGAAGUCAUGGAUGAUGAGAAAUACGACGAGUGCAUGGUCUGUUCUGAUGCACCUCGGGAUACGUUAUAUGGACCAUGUGGUCACGUGACUACAUGCUUUACUUGCUCUGCACGUGUAAAGAAGUGCCUGUUGUGUAAAGAACCGGUGCAGUCAAAAACAAAGAUCGAAGAGUGUAUGGUUUGUUCAGAUCAAAAAGCAGACGUUCUUUUUUCUCCCUGUCAACAUAUGGUUGCUUGCAGCAGUUGUGCAGCGUUAAUGAAGAAAUGUAUUCAAUGUCGUGAGGUCAUUCAGAAAAAGAUUCCAUUCAUUGUGUGUUGCGGUGGUAGAGAUCCAAGUACGACCUGUUCUCCCAAGAGAGAAUUGACUCAACAUGAUAUUGGAUCAUUGAAGCAACAACUACAAGAAAUCAAAGAACAGACACGAUGUCCCGUUUGUCUGGACAAACGGAAAAACCUAGUGUUCCUUUGUGGUCAUGGCACGUGUCAGCUGUGUGGUGACCGUAUGCAAGAGUGCCCUAUUUGUAGAAAACCUGUCGAAAAGAGAAUCCUACUAUUCUAAGAUAUUACUGCGAAUGAUUAGUUUGAAAAUGAAUCCUCCAACACUUAUCAAGUAAGAGAAAAUCUCUCUAAUGUGCACGAUUCAAGGAUAAAGGUGAAGACUGGGUUGUAAAUUUUGAGAUUGAAAAUGUCUAUGCUUGAAGUACUUUGCGAAAGACGUGUUUGUGAAUGCGUUUUAAAGAAACGCUUUGAAAUUUAGCGAUCGCCUACCCAUGUCGAAACAAGUCAGAGUCGAGAGAAACUUCUGGCUCUAGCUUUAUGGAUUAGGAUAUCUUAGCACCAUGAGCUAUAAGUGUUUCUAAAUUGUUUUGAAAGCAAUUAUAAUUUCGAAAGAGAUCAGCAGGUUGAGCUGAAUAUAUAAAAUUACCUCUCCUUCCGGCGUUCGAAUUAGCGUUCUAGUUUCACCCCUGCUAAUCACAAACUAUAACUUAAUGGCUUUAUAAAAGGCAUUAAAACGAUAAUGUCAAAUGUAUUAGCUAUGUCAAUAAACAAAACAAGAAAACA